UUGCUGUCGACCCGGCUCACCAUGGCGGUGAAUUGCACUGCGCGCUUAAAAACGCCAGUGAUAAGAAACUUUAAUUUUUGUGUGCCGUGAGAAGAGUGUGUCUUGUACAAGUUCCGAUGAAUAGAUUGCUCGAACGUUUAUAAAACUCUUUCUUAUUCGCAUGUGAAAACGGGCCCUUGACUAGCUGCAUCGGUGCGAAGCUCGGCACUCCUGAGUUGACAUGUUUCUCCCAUUGACUUAGCGAAAACGAAUCUUAAUCCCGCUAAAAUAUAUAUCUCCUGGAACCUAGAAAAAACAAUGUUUUGCACAUACAACUAUGAAGACUCAAAAUGGGCGAGGUGUAUGAAUGCCUUUGCUAAAGCCAUGCAUUUCAUCAACACACGCUUGCUUCCAGUGCGCAGCCACCUGUCGGCCACAAUACGAAGCUGCAGGACUGCUCCCAUUCGUCGGCGGGAGAGGAGGAGGCCGUCGUGGGUUCACUUGGUCGGACCCGUAGAGCAUUGCCGCCAGUCUUUGUUGAAGUAGGCGAACGGUGCGGUCGUGUUUUCCGUCCCUGUUUUUGCAGCAAACAUGUCUGGAAGAGGCAAGGGCGGCAAGGGCCUGGGCAAGGGUGGUGCCAAGCGCCAUCGCAAGGUUCUUCGCGAUAACAUCCAGGGGAUCACCAAGCCUGCAAUCCGUCGCCUAGCCCGCCGCGGUGGUGUCAAGCGCAUUUCCGGCCUCAUCUAUGAAGAGACCCGCGGCGUCCUCAAGGUCUUCCUGGAGAACGUCAUUCGCGAUGCCGUCACCUACACCGAGCACGCCAAGAGGAAGACCGUGACGGCCAUGGAUGUGGUGUACGCGCUCAAGAGGCAAGGCCGUACCCUCUAUGGUUUCGGUGGUUAACAGCCGUCUCGCCGUCGGACACACAUCGAAAACGGCCCUUUUCAGGGCCAAACCA